GGGGGAGUCCUUGAAAGCACGUGAGACUCAUGUGAUGCUCGGUGUGUUUGGAGGCGAGGGACGUGGCCGGAGUCACAGUCACAGGACUGCCACCCGCCCCUUCGCUCCUCGCGCACACUCUGCACUCAGACCGACCGACCGACGACGACGACGACGACGACUUGAGUCCGUCAGGAACAGCGCACAGCAGCGGCGCCUCAUAGGAGGGGGGUGGGGUGUGGGACCGACGCGCGCGGUGCACGCCGCUCGCCCGAGAUACGGAAUAGCCGAAUCGUCUGGGGGCGGGGGGGUCGGAUCGCUUCUAUUUGUCGUAUGCUUGGAGACGUUUGAGCAACAUGGAGGCGACGAGGAGGGCGCAACCGCCGCCGUCGCUGGACAUCGCCGAGGUGACGGGGAUGGACUUCUCCCUGUACGCGUACAAGUCCAGGAGGGGCGCCAAACGAGGCGACGACGGCAGGGAGACCUACAAGUUGCCGCAUCGACUCAUCGAAAAGAAAAGACGAGACCGAAUCAACGAAUGUAUUGGCCAGCUCAAAGAUCUGCUGCCGGAGCACCUCAAGCUGACCACGCUGGGUCAUUUGGAGAAAGCGGUGGUGCUGGAACUGACUCUGAAGCACGUCAACGCCUUGAACGGCCUGCUCGAGCAGCAGCGGCGGAAGAUCGCGCAGCUCCAACGGGACUUGCAAACAAGCGACCGCGGCGGCGGCGACGACGACGACCCGGAGGUCGGCGAGCGGAUGUUCCGUUGGGGUUUCCACCUGUGCGCCGAAGAGGUCCUCCGCUGUCUGGCCCGCCGAGAGGGCGGUCGGGACCCGAUGCCGUCCGUGGUGGCGAGCCACCUCCGCCAGGUGGCUUCGGAGGCGCCGCCGCCGCGUCAAAGCCGCGCGCCCGGCCAGGGCCCGUCCAACAACUGCGUUCCCGUCAUUCGAAGGACUUGCCCCGGCGCCCCGGGCGAGCAGAGCGGCAGCGACACCGACACCGACAGCGGCUACGGGGGCGAGCCCGGCAAACGCCGCCCCGAAGCCCGCCGCUCGGAGGAGGCGGAGCUCGAGCGCCCGGCGGCCGACGACGGCGAGCCUCUGACCAAGAAGUCGCGGGCCGGCCCCUCUGAGGACCGAGGCCUCCCCGCUCCUGCGGCCGGAGGCCCCGGCGGCUACGCGGCUUUCUCCCCCGAGCGGCGGCCGCUACCCCUCCCCUUGUAUCUCCUCCCCCCUGCGGCGGCGGCGUACCUGCCCGUGCCGGAGAAGCGCUGGUAUCCCGGCGGCGUGCCGUUUGUCUACCCCGGCGCCGGCGCCUCUGCUGCCGACUUAGCCCCGGAGAGCCUCUCCCCACCUUCGCUGAUGUCCCAGGGGGCGGGGUCUCCACCGGUACGCCGCAGCGGCGUGGACGGAGCUUCACAACGGGGCUCCCCGGCAAACUCGGAAAGCAAAGACUAAAGCCACUUGGGCGCUUUCGCGGUCGAGGAGCGAAACCAGGCCAAACAUGUCCGCCGCCUUUUUUUAAUGGUCCGUGUGCGGCCUCCCGCGGGUCCUCGUGCGACUCCGAGACACUGUGAACCUGCGACGAGGAGUGCGCAAGAGACCCUCUUCGCCGCGCCCUGCGCUCAAUGUCACGAGUCAAUCCAGAAUGUACACACACACAGUCUACGAUGAAUGUAAGGAUGAAAGAAAAGCCCCCGGCGCGAUACAGUUGAUGCUGCUUGGACUCAUUGGAUCUGCUGUCGAUCCAAAAAUAGGAGAUCUCCCGAUCAUGUGUUUUGGGCUGUACAUGAUUAACGUUUGACCAAAUUCCUCUUUGCGUUGCCCACGCCAUAUCGCUCAUCCCGCGGCAGUCUCGCUAGCUAAACAAACGAGUGUUUGUCAAGAAUUCAGGGCGUUGUCCCGUUUGGGAGGUGUGUCACUCGAUCCGUUACGGCGAUGUGUCCUUGCAAACACGUGACGCGCGCGUGCGCAAUUCCAGAGCAAGCCGAGCCUGAUCUCUCGGAGUCAUUGAGUGCAGACAUACGGACAAGGUCUUUUCUGCUUUACUAGCAUCUUGCGUCCGUUGGCGGACAAAAAGUAAGAGGUAGCCUGGAUUUUUAGGUUGACAUUUUGCAACGUACUCUUGAUAUAUAGCCUACACAAAAGUCUGAAUAAACUGUUUUUGUGGUA